UUUUGAAAAUGUGACCGGAAGUGAGAUCGCUCCUUCUUGUCACUUGUCCACUCAUACAGAAGGCAGGUUGAUUAUUGGGAACCACUGACUAGGAUAGACAAUGAUGAGGCGGUAAAGUACUGCUAAUGAAAGUGUUAUUCGCGUAUAACCUGUAAGAUUUAUACAUAUUUGACAACUUCUUUCGCAAAAAUGACAACCACCACGACAUAUCAAGGGAUGGAGCCCGGCUCUAAAAGCAGUUCCAGGGUAUUGCGCCCUCCCGGCGGCGGCUCCAACAUUACAUUUGGUGCAGAUGAGAAGAAGCCUCCUGUCCGGAAAGACAAGAUGGCCUCCAGUGUUUUCGCUGAGCCAGAGGACCCCUAUGCCAAUCGAAGGAACAAUCCACCAGGUGGGAAGCCCACAGGUGUGCUUUGUGGUGAGUCAUCAGCCCCCCUGAGGAGAGGAGGGAGCCAAACCAGCAACCAAUCUGCAGACGCCCCCGCCACAGAUGGAGAAAAUCUUGUACGUGAUUAUGACAACAGUGCUCCCGAGCCUGAAGCCGUUCCAGAGCAGAAGGAGGAGGCCCCUCCAGCAGACGAUCCCGCUGCAGGAGUACCGUCUGGUCGCAGGAAUCCCCCUGGGGGAAAGUCUAGCCUCAUUCUGGGAUGAAUCCCUGCCAACCACCCCUACCUAUAUCUACUCAUGUCUGAACUCAUGCCUUUUUUUUUUAAAAACAAGAAUCCCCAGCCCAUUUGUCUGUAUCACAGGAAUCUUAUCUGUUGUCCAACUGACACCAGUUUACUCCACAUCCCCAAGUGCAUUGUUUUGAUACCUCUUUUUUGGAAACUGUUUUGUACUGUUUGUUUGUUUUGACAGAAGCACUUUAUGUAUUUCUAUAUAUAUGGUUUAAAGUCUGCCUUUGCCCCUGUAUUGUAUUAGACCUUCCGGACAGGGUACAAAGAGAACAUUUCUUAUAUCAGCAAGUGAUAAAUCAAUCUCCACUAACUUUAUUGCCACAGCACAAGCUGGGCGUGAUUAUACAAGGAGUUUCCAGAACACAAGCAAAAUAAAAGCUGUCACUUUAGCAUUGUGUUCAGUUUAGAACCCAUCUUGCAUGCGUGUCUGGUUCUUAACGAAUGAAUGUGAGAAGAAACAUAACUGUGAAGUUUUUCUUUAUUUAACCUGUUUGUUAGUUGUUUUUUGUGGGAUACUUGUUGUAUUGUUGCAUGAAGUUGGAAUCUUUCUACUGAUUAUAUUAUCCACUUAGGAGCCAAAUAGCAGCCACAUAAAUUACUGUCAUCGUGAUCUAAGGGAUGUAAACAUUUGUGUUCAGAUGAAUACUGUAGGUCCCAUGUAACAGAAUUGGAAUAAGCCUUUUUUUAUAUUGUAGUCACUAACGUUAGAUUAUUGUAACCCCAGUGCCGGUUUUUGAGUACCCCAUGUUUUAUAGGUAAGAUUUACUCUACAAUAAAGUGUGCCUGUUUGUUAGUUAAGCUACAACAUCAAAUAAAGUUGGGUUUACCUAAUGGCAUUCUGCCAGUAUUUACAUGAACAGGUUUAUUUUUUUCCAUUGUGAGUUAAUGGGAUGUUGUUAUUAAAGUGUUUCUGGUUAACCCAUCCUAGAUUUGACAAGUGACCUUAUGACAGCUCAACCUUUUUUUCCUAUGCUUCACUCCCCCUUAUAUAUUUAUUUACAAUCCUGCUUACUGGACAUAUAGAACUGUCUUUUGUACAUUUCAUUGUCACAUUCUUUAAACCAAAAUUCAAACACCAUCCUGCUUCUGUCUCGUUCAGUCAUUUCUGUGGCUGCUGUGUCAGCCAGCUGUGAUGCAAGACUUACAUUUCAGCUAAAUGAAAUGUAAAUUCCUGUUCUAUCUGUUAUGGUGCAAAAUAUGUCUGUUUGUCAAAUACCAAUUCCUGUUGCUGGAUGUAAGUCACUGCAGAAAUUUGAAAUUAAGAAAUGGCACAAGUGGUAAUGAACAUUAAAAAUCAAUUUUGACCAUGA